CUAAACUGGGCUGUUGGAUUUCCGUUGCCAUCGCCACUGGACGGCUCACUGGACGAAGGUGACUAAACGCAUUGGGCUUUUAACAUGGGGGCGGCGGAAUCUGCGCAGCGGGACGGCAAGCCCGAGGACGAUGCGAAAGUCCAGGAACAAAAUGUGGAGGUGAACGCGGAGCAGGCAGAGCAAAAUCUCGAAGUGAAGCUUCUCUGGAGGGAAAAGAACUCCUACAUCUGCUGCACUGGAACUCAGUUACUACAGAAGAAUGGACAGAUAUCCCGCUUGAAUGGAGCCCCAGAGGACCAAGCUGAGGAGUUAAAUGGUCUUUGUGAGGAGAAGGACCUGGCAGAGGUUGCCUCAGACCUGAAAGCAGACAGUCCAUCUGUAAUCCAAGACGUCGAACCUGCAGUGAUCAACGUAAAUGAAGAACAAGGGUGUAUGCUUUCUGAAGAUGCUCCAUCAACAGAAGAAAACAAGGCAGAGGAAAACACAACUGUGACUGAAGAAGAAGAAGUCGGCUUCAAGAAAAUAAUCAAAUUCUUUGAAUUAAAAUUCACAGUCACUAAGGAUAAGGCAGAAGAAAACAAGCCAGAUCAAUCAAAAGAUGAGAAUGAGAGGGAGGCAUUAGUGAAAUCUGAUGACUCCAAAGACACUAGCACCAUCACCACAGAGCAAGAUGCAGAGGGGAAGUCUGAGGAAGAACCUGUUUGUGUUGAUUUGACUGCUGAUUCUGCUGCUGUUGAACCAUUACAAGCUGAUGAAGCAACAGUACAACAGGCCACAGACACAUCAUCUCUCAAUGAAGAGGUGACACCUGCAGAAGGUGUUUCUGAGUCACAGGAAGAAACCAGCCCAGAGGAGGGGGAGGAGGAUUUGUCUCCAAUUAAAAAAUUCUUCACCACUGGGAUUUUUUCCACUUUGAAGAAAAAGAAGAAAGAGGAACCAUCAAAAGACGAGGCUACUGGCGAAGAGCUCCAAACAAUUGAUAAAGAGGAGGUCGUAAAAGCUGUGGAACAAGAAGCAGCAGAGCCUGCCCAGGAAAGCAAAGUGGAAGAUGCCCCUGCUGAAACAAGUGAGGCUGAACUGUUAGGGUCUCAAGAGAAACCAAAGGUUGAAAGUAGUCCUCUCAAGAGACUUUUCUCAAGGCUCUCUUCAAGAAAACUAAAAAUACCAGAGCCAACUGAGAAUGCUGCCGAAGAACAGGUCAAAACAGACACAGACACUUCAAAAAAAGAGGGAACCUCCAUCUCCCCUCCAGAGGACAAAAGCAAGGAUGAGUCUAAACAUGAGUCUGAUGGUGAAGGAGGUUCAGACGGGGAAAGGAAAAGGCCGUGGAGUUCCUUCAGAAAACUUGUCACCCCUAAAAGGCAACGGACUAAGCGUCUAUCUGAGAGUGAAGAUGAAGCAACAGAAAAGCCCUCUGCAGAUACCCCAGCCCCUGAAGCUCAAGAGGAGGUUAAACCGAGUGAAGAACAUGAGCAAAUUGAACCUUGUCUGGAGGAGCCCAAAAAGAAGUCUGAUUUGUCUGUUUCCUGGGAGGCCCUGAUAUGUGGAGGAUCUACAAAGAAAAGGAGCAGAAAAGGUUCAAACUCAGAGGAUGAAGUUGCAGUUGAGAAGGACAGCAGGCCUGAGGAUGACCAAGGAAAGACUGCAGAAUCUCCACUGGGAAGUUCUCUGGAAGGAGAUGAUGAGCAUGUAUCUUCCUCUCUAGAACAGUCCGGUAGUCCCGCUGAAGGUGAUGGGGGAUCGACAUGGAAGUCCCUCAAGAAACUUGUAACCCCAAAGAGGAAAUUAAGAGUAGGAGAAUCAGGUGAGCAAAUCCCCUCUGAUGGUGAAACCACAAAAGAUGAAACUUCAUUUUCAGUCAAGAAACUAAUCUCAGGACGCAAGAAGCGAAGGUCUGAUGGAAGACAGGAACAGACAUCAUCUGAUGAGGCUGGUAAAGAUGCUGGAUCAGAAGAUGAAGAUGAUGAAACACCAUCAGUGGUGCCUUUGUCUGAAUUUGAUGUGAUUGAACCAAGCAUGGUGCAUACAAUACCAAAAGAUGAGGAGCCCACAGACAUUACCCAGGAAACUGAAGAGAAACUGCCCCCACCUCACCAUGACAUUGGCCCUCCAAUUGUGGCAACUGUUCCGAAAGAUUUUGAGGACCUGACAGACUACAUAACCAAGCAUCAGCAGCUCAGUGACAUACCAGAGGAGAGCAUUGUAACACCUAUUGGUGAGGAGGCUUUUCAAGAUGACACAAUUGCAGAGGACAUUGCAGAGUGGACAUCUGAAGCAUUCACAGUUGCUGAGCCACCGACUGAAGUUUCCUUUGUGACAGCAGUCUCUCACCUGUCAGAGUCUCCAAAAUCCUCAGGUGCCUCAACACCAGUCGCCUCAGAGGGGGAUAUUAAGGACACAGACAUUGUCUUGCAGGAAGCUGUGGAAACUGUCAGCAUAAUUUCAAGUAACUUAUCAGUAACAGAUAAUGAGAAGAUACAGGAAGUGGCAGCUAUGUCUCUUACACCACAGUUGUUAGGAACAUCUGUUAGUGAAGAGACAAAGGUUUUCAUUGCACACAAGAAAUUUGAGGCAACCAACAUUUGCAUAGGUCUUUCAACUGAAGACAUAGGUGUUACUGAGGAAAUGCCUCUCAUGACAGUGGUAGAGGCACCAUCUGAGGUUAGUGAAGCUGUAUCUACUGAAUGUGUCGCUGGAGAGGAUUUGGCCGAGGAACCUGAAGCAGCAGGAAUUACAGAGGAUGUACUACAUGAAGCUGAGGUGAAAGAAAUAAGGACUGAUUUCCAUGAAGAGGACCACAGGGAAGAAGAAGCUGAAGCAGGUCAAGCCAUUGAUGUGGAAAAAGAAGAUGGUGAGGAAAUGGGUGAGAUGCCAUAUGUGAUUCAGACGGAGAAUCAGCAGGAGACAGAGUUAGUCAAUGGCCUUGAAGAGCUUGUACCAAUCCAUGUCGCCAUUACCAGUGCAGUGCAGGGAGAAGUCCAGUAUCUGGAAGGGCAGGUUAUUGCUGAAGACACACCAAGGCCUGCAAUGGAAGGCCCCAUGGACUCAGCAGUAGAGGAGGCUGUAUGUGGAGAGCCAGUUAUCCUAGCUGAAAUGACUAUUCAAGGAGAGAAAGAGCAAGAGAUCUCAGCUAUUGAGACAACAGGUGCUGAUAUUCUUCAUGACACUCUUGCUGAACUGGUUGAAAGUGAAAUGCAAGAAGUUGUCUCUUCAACAUUAGGCAUUUCAACAGAUGAAAGCUCAGGGAUGCCUGAAGCUCUAAUCCCACUUGUGGCACCAGCAGUGCAAUCUACAGAGUUCCAAGAGACUGUUGAUGUUGUUGAGCCAGUGCUAGAUACAGUUACUUCUGUGGUGCUAGAGUCAGUCACUGAAGAAGUUGUAAUGGAAAAUGUACAUGCAGUAUGUUUUGCAGAUGAUCAUGAAAUCCAAGUUAAAGUAGAAGAUACAGAAUUGCAGUCAUCAGAACCUGUUGAAGAGUCAACAUUGGAAGUAGCAUCAUCAGAUGAGGUUGCUAUUGUGGAGGAAGCUACCAAACUGGAAGUGGCUGAAAAAGAAGAAGCAGAAUCAGCUGAAGAGGUAGCCCCCCUGACUGCUCCAGAUAUCAUUCAGCAUGUGGAGGUCGAAGACCUAUCUGCUAUUGGAGAUGAGUCAAUGUCUCCAGAGGACAUUCUGUUGCCAUUUGAAAAGGCACCAGAGGAUGCUAUUGUAGAAGAAAAGCCAGCUACUCAAGGAGAUGAGAUGACAGAGACAGAAGCAGACCUGCCAAUUCCAGACUCCACAAUUCCCGAAGCCAUAGUAGAAUCAGUGGAAAAGGAAGAAAAAGCUACCUCCGAAUUUGCAGAAGCAGAGGCCACUGAGGCAGAAAACCAAGCAGUUAAAGAAGUGGUGGAAACACAGGAAACUGCGCCAUCAAUACCAGCUGAACCAGCAGCUUCUGAGUCUGUUGCUGAAGAAGCACUUUUAACUGCUGUGGAAGUACAAACAUCAUCUUUAAUUGAACCAGAGUUGGACACACCUGUCGCUGCACUGCAAACAGAGACAUCAGAAGUAACAGCGCAGGAAGUAGAAGCACCUGUUAUCACUGAACCAGAGGUGGAGAUAACAUCUGUAACAUCUCCAGAAGAAGCCAUAACUGAAACUGCACAGGAAACUCAGGCACCCACACUGGCAGCAGAGCUGGUAGUUGGAACAACAGCAGUGACAGAGCUAGAGGCAGAAACUCCAGUGGAACCUGCCCCAGAAGUAGAAACACCUGUGGUGACAACCCUGGAGGUUGAAACAUCAGUGGUAUCUGAGCCAGAAUUGGAAAUACCUGUAUUGCAAGAAAUAGCAAAGGAGAUGCCAGUGCUAUCUGCGGUGGAAAUUGAGGCACCAGUGCAAUCAGCAAUAGAGAUUGAAACAAAUGUAAAUACAAAAAUGGAGGAAGAAACAGAAACUGUCGCAGCCAUGGAAGUUGAGAUGUCAAUUGAAAAUGAGCUGGCCAUAGAGACAAUUCAGCAGACUGCACUGGAGAAAGAAACAGCAAUACCUGAUGCCCCAGAAGAAGAAAUUGCAGUUGCAGCCAUUCCAGAUGUAGAAACAGCAGUUGUAGAAACAUCAGUAGCGCCUAAGCUGGAUGAAACAACAGAGGUUGUAUCAACACCAGAAGAAGUUGCUGUUGUUGCUGUUCCAGAAGUACAGACAGGACAGACUAUGGCUGCCCCAGAGGUAAGCACAGAAGUUGUUGUUACACCUGAAGUAAUUGCAGAAGUUGCUGGUGUACCAGUGGCAAGUGCAGAGAUGGCUGCUGCUCCAGAAGUAAGCACAGAAGUUUCUGCAUCCCCUGAGGUAACCAUACAUGUUGCUGCUGCCCCAGAGGAAAGGGCAGAAGUCACAGCUUCCCCAUUGGUAAUCACAGAUGUUACUCCUGCCCAGGCUGUCAUCACCGAAGUUACUCCUGCACCUGUUAUAAUGACAAGCAUUACUCCUGCCCCAGAGGAAAUGGCAGAAGUCACAGCUUCCCCAUUGGUAAUCACAGCUCCUGCCCCUGUCAUUGGUUAA